AUGAUCAGCAACCAACUGCUAUCCUUAACUGGCCUACGCCUUCUCAGCUGUUCGUGUAAGGUAACUUCGGGAGCUAGGAUGCUUUCAAGCAAUUCCUCUUGCGCCAAACCGCCACGACCUUUCACAGCAGUGGUCAGAGAGCAGCUAUCAUGCCUCAAUGCCUGUUUCUACUUUAAAAAAGGCGAGAUAAAGAUUUUGCCGAGUCCAACCUCAUUCUAUGAUACUUUGAAGGAUAAAAUCUCUACGGCAAAGAAUAGGAUUUUUUUGGCUUCACUCUAUAUUGGGACAUCACAGGAGGAGCUCAUAGCUUGCGUGUCGAGGGCGCUCGAUAAGAACGAGAAUUUGCGAGUUUACUUUCUUGUCGACGGACUGCGAGGUACGAGAGAAGCUCCUAACGCCUGCUCUGCCUCUCUUCUGUCGAAGUUGGUAAGAAAGCAUCAAGAGAGAGUUGACAUCCGCUUGUAUCGAACGCCCGAACUCACCAAAAUUAAAGAAGCGCUCGUACCUAAGCGGUUCAACGAAGGCAUCGGAUUACAGCAUAUGAAAAUAUACGGCAUAGAUGAUGAGGUCAUACUAUCUGGGGCUAACCUUUCUAGCGACUACUUCACAAAUCGGCAAGAUAGAUAUUACUUGUUUAAAUCCAAGCGCUUUUCGGAUUAUUACUUUGAUCUUCAUAGGCUCAUUAGUAGCAUGAGCUACCAGGUGCACUAUUCUGAGUCAAUUCAAAAAUUUAAGAUGGUAUGGCCCAAAAACAACCUAACGGUAGAACCCAACUUCGAUAGAGCUCAAUUUCUCGGAACCUGUUCCAAAGCAUUGCGCAACUUUCUUGCUGGUGCCCCAAAUCCCGAGCCUCUGCUUUCAAUCUCUGAUACAGAUGAAUACCAAACUGCCGUUUACCCGAUAUCCCAGUUUACACCGAUCUUCAAAAAAGGAAUGGAUUAUUCAACAGAAAAGCCCACUAUACUCAAAAUUCUUUCCUGCAUCACUGAUAAAUCAGUACAUUGGACGUUUACCGCUGGGUAUUUUAACAUGUUACCAGAGAUCAAAAAACUUUUACUUCUUUCUCCCUCUGAAAUGGGCAACGUAAUAACUGCUUCCCCACAAGCAAACGGAUUUUACCAAUCUAAGGGUGUUUCAAGGCAUUUGCCAGGGGCGUAUCUACAUCUGUCCUACAAAUUUCUCCAAGACGUCAAGGCUAGCGGAAAAGAUUCACAGAUUUCGCUUAAGGAAUGGCAGAAGGGUGUCGUCAAUACCCCAAACGGCUGGUCCUACCACGCUAAAGGUAUUUGGUUAACCGAAAAUGACACAUCGGACCUUAGACCAGCAGUGACAGUUAUUGGCUCCUCAAAUUAUACCCGAAGAGCAUACUCUGUUGACUUAGAGUCGAAUGUAGUAAUAGUGACGAAAGACUCUAAGUUAAAGGAUGACAUGCAGGCAGAAGUUGAUCGCCUCACCGCCAAUACAAAAGUAAUUACAACCCAAAACUUUGAAGAUGAGCUUGAUCGUCGGGUCGGUUUGGGUGUUCGUGUGGCAACCCAAAUAAUAGGAAAGCGACUUUGA